CUUAAUGUCCUGCGUUCUGGUGAAUUUUUCUUCAUCUUUUUAUGGUGAAACUGUCUUUUAUUUAUGUAAAGGAAAACACAAAAUUCAGAUGGCAGGUGAAAAAAUAUAAGAAUAUAAUGGAAUAUAAUGCAGUAAGGCUCUCAGGUAUUCUGUAUUGCUUUCAGAUAUUUAAUCUGUUCUCCUGUUGAUCAACUUUUCUCAUUUAAUGUGAUCUCUGCUGAGUCAACACACAUGUAGGCAGGAUGUAUCCCUCCUGUUUUGUUUGGCAAAGUAACCUCUUUAAAUGUGCAUGUGGUACCUGUUCAUGUCAAUGAUAGACCUACAUUCAUGCAUUUUAAUUCAUUUAUGAACCGCUGGAGUUGAGGUGUCAUUCAUUCUCUCUCUUGGUCUGCGACCCGGAUGUACUUACAGAUACUUUCACUUUCUGUAGAUUUGGCGGUAGAUUCAGUUCAGUAUCAGGAUGGCGCACCGUGCAGUCUUACAUGUCCUUUGUGUGUUAGGAGUCUUUCAGAAAGGUCUAACAGCUCUGAUAGAAACCCAGCACACUGUGGAGGCAGCUGUAGGAGAUAAAGCCUGCUUAAACUGUCACCUGAUACAAUCUGGAGAUGUUCUGCAAGUCACAUGGCUGAAGAUUUUACCUGAGGGGGUAAAGAAUCUUGCUUAUUGCCACAAAGACUUCGGUCAAAAAGUGAAUUCUGACUUUACAGAUAAAAUGGAGUUUAGAUAUGCUGGACUGCAGAACAGCUCCAUAGUUAUCAGGAGGGUGAUGGAGGAGGAUGAAGGGUGCUAUCGCUGUAUGUUUAACACCUUCUCUGAAGGUGCUUAUAAUGCUACAAUCUGCCUGCAGCUCUAUGAGCUGCAUGGACCCUUUCUUCACGUCAGAGAAUCAACAGUUGUGUCCUGCUCAGCCACAGCUCGACCUGCUCCCACAGUAACACUGACUGUCCCUCACUACGACUCUACCAGCGUCACCAACACCAACGGCACAGUCACUGUCACCACUACAGCUGGGCUGUCUCGUCUCCGUAGCAAAAACACACAGGUUGGAUGUGCAGUGAGAGUGCUCUCUGGUCCUCAGAUAGAGGUGUCUAUGAUGAUUCCUGAUUAUGAUUUCACUCUGAUCAUCGUGUCCGUGGUUGUGGCCUGUGUUUGUGUUUGUGUUGUUGCUGCAGUCGUCAUCACCCUGCUUAAACGGAAACACCGGAACCGUCGGUCAGACAAGGACUCUGAGGAGGAGGAGACACCACAAAAAGCAAUCAAAGACACUGAUGAGACCAAAACACCUUUAAAGAAGGAAGAGAACGAGCUGCGGCAACGGACGUCUACUGAGAAAGAUAAAAACCACGACCACCCAAAACCAUCAUCUCUGGAAGGAAGAAGAAAAUUAUCUUUUAACUCAGUUAACUAAUUAGUACCACAGAAUAACCCACAAGACUGUUAAUGCCACAACACAGAGAACAUGUCUGCACCAGUUCAUUGAUUCCAGCAGAUCAGUAGUUUUGAUUUUGAAAUAUAAUUUAGGUGAUAGUUUUAAUUCACUGUUGCAUCCAGAUG